AUGCCGCCAAUCCUCUCGCGAAAGCGUUUACGGUCCGAUUCCCCCAAAGCCGAACCCCCAGCCAAACGUGCGCGCGAUCGCAAACCUCCCGCACCCCCUCGGCGAGGCAAAGAGACCGUCUUCCAAACCUUGGACGCGCCGCCAAAAGUCAAACGUACACUUUCGCAAACCAAGGCGCUGUUGGAGCAGGAGGAUGACGAGAGUGAAUUAUCUGAACUGGAGAGCAGUGAGGAUGAUUUUGAAGAUGUGCCGCUGAAUGGCGCAAGCAAAGCAAAGGGAAAGACAAAGGGGCAGACCGAUGAAGACGGCAGUGAGAGUGAAGACAACGACUGGGAGAAUGCACUGGGAGCACAUCAUCAUACCAAGCCCGAUCACGGACCUACACCUGUCAUCACGGGAGACAUCGCCCUCACAUUGUCCGCCGCACCGAGAAACGCCUUCGAAAGAUCGGAUGGCAAAAAGGGACCUUCAAAAAUUCAACGACAGAUACGAAAUGUCACGCAUUGUAUGCAUGUACAGUAUUUGAUGUACCACAAUCUCAUGAGGAACGCAUGGAUACAGGAUAAAGAGACUCAGAAGAUAUUGGUGGAAAACAUGUCCACUGGAUGCUGGCGCGAGUUGGAAAAAUACUGGAACGACGCGGGCGUCACAGACGGGCUAAGCCGUGCUGUCGUGCAGAAAGCGCUGAGUCCAUCCCAGAAGGAGACAGCAAGCCAGAAAGGGAAGUGGAAGGACAGUGGCGAGAGUGGAGUCAUGGUGUACGGAAGCCCACAGAAGCGUUCUGCUCCUCGCGGAGACAAGAAAACAACAUCCAAAGCAAAGGAUUCUCCUCAGAAUACCAGAAAGGCUCGAGACUGGGGCGCAGCUUCAGAACCACUUGAGCCAAAUACGCCAAACCUCUCCGCUGGGGAUCCUCUUUUGAGGCUGUUAAAGUAUCUCUCGGCCUAUUGGAAGGCUAAGUACAGAGUAACAGCCCCCAGUCUAAGAAAGCGCGGAUAUCUGUCUCCAUCGACGCUAGAAGAUGAGAUCAAGACUUGGAAAAACUAUCCAAACCACCCCGAUACGUUUGGCGAGCGAAUCGAGAAUCUGGAGGCUUUUCGCGAUCGGGCUCGUAAAUGCGAGGGUAGCAGAGACCUUGGAGAACAGCUGUUCACCGCUCUUGUGCGAGGAUUGGGCAUUGAGGCUCGCAUGGUGGUCAGCUUACAACCUGUUGGCUUUGGCUUCAGUCAGGUCGAAGAAGGCAAGCCGAAGAAUCUCGAAAAACUGCAACAGGCGAAACCUGCGUAUAAGAGCGCCACUGAAGAGACUACAUCGCCCGAUGCCAAACCAAGGCCAGAUGCUGCGGCAGAAAAAGGCAAACCAUCCACCAAACCCAAGGUAGAUGACAGUAGCGAUCUGAGCAGCGUUAUAUCCAUUUGUUCGGACGAAGAUAACAGGCCAGCAAAGAAGGCGCCAAAGGCACGCGAUUAUAGUAAAGAUCUGCCGUACCCGACGUAUUGGACAGAAGCCAUCUCACAUCUGACACAUACACCAAUAGCAGUGUCUCCGUUUCCUCGUUUGAUCAUCGCAAGUGCGGCAUCCCCGGACAAACUCUCAGAAUUCUAUGCUCGAGGCGCAGCAGCCGACAAAGCAAGACAAGUCUUAGCAUACCUGAUCGCUUUUUCUGCCGAUGGCACAGCCAAGGAUGUCACAACACGCUACCUACCGAAGCACCAGUGGCCUGGCAGAACAAAAGGGUUUCGUAUGCCCGUCGAGAAGGUCCCGAUACACAACAAUCGCGGAAAAGUCAAGCGAUGGGAGGAGUGGGACUGGUUCAAGUCGCUCAUGCGGCCAUACUCGCGGCCUCAUGAGAAACGGCAACCAUGGGAUGAGGUCGAAGAUGAAGGCGACUUAAUCCCAGCGCAACCGGAUAAGAAGAAGGAAAUGGAUGAAGAAGGUGGGAAAGAAACGCUCCAGGGCUACAAGAACUCAUCAGAAUACGUUCUCGAACGCCAUUUCCGCCGCGAGGAAGCCCUCAAACCUGGCGCCAAGAUUAUCCGUCACUUCGUCACUGGUAAAGGUGACAACGAAAAGGCCGAACCAGUUUACCGACGGAAAGACAUUGUGCUCUGCAAGACGCAGGAAUCUUGGCACAAAGAAGGCCGCGAAGUGCUCGAAGGCGAGCAACCACUCAAACUCGUUCCAAUGCGUGCGGUCACAGUGACACGUAAACGCGAAAUUGAAGAGCGCGAGCGCAUCGAAGGUGGCAAAGUCAAACAAGGCCUCUACUCCAAAGCGCAGACGGAUUGGAUCAUUCCCGACCCCAUUGUCGACGGCAAGAUUCCACACAAUGCGUUUGGAAACAUCGACGUUUACGUCCCUACCAUGGUCCCGAAAGGUGCCGUUCAUAUACCUCUCAAAGGCACAGCGCGUGUAUGCCGGAAACUCAACAUUGACUACGCGGAGGCUUGUACAGGGUUUGAGUUUGGCAAACAACGUGCUGUUCCUGUUUUGACUGGUGUGGUAGUCGCGCAAGAGAAUGAGGACAUGUUGAUUGAUGCUUGGGAAGCGGAAGAAGCAGAGAAACAGAGGAAGGAAAGAGCUAAGCGCGAGAAGUUCUUGUUAGCACUUUGGCGGAGAUUUGCUUCUGGACUUAGAGUUGUUAAUCGGAUGAGGGAAGAGUACGGUGAGGAGAUAGAGUUGCCUGCGAAGGCAAAGGUGGUUCCACCGAAAGAAGGGGACUGCGAUGAGGGCGGCAAGCCGUCACAGUGGGAUGUCUUUCAGAAUCAUACUGAUUUCGAGGGCGGCUUUGUGCGCGACGAAGCGGCAGCAUCUGGCGGCGGCUUCGUUCCAGAACAGUCACAUCCAACGUCAGAUCAUAAUGAAGACAUGGCAGGUGGUUUUCUGCCAGCCAGUCAAGAUGAGCCAAUUCAUGGUGAUCUCACCAUUGACCAUGACGACAAGAAGGAAGCAUCACGCGCAACGAUAUCGGAAAGCACACACCGCACACCCAUUUCCCUCACACAGGCGCUGCAGCAACUGCCCAGCGAACAAGCAGACGAAGACUCCGACAUGGACGUCGACCCAGACGAAGAACCCGACCAAGACCCGACAGACUCUGAAGGAGAAGAAGACAACCCGCCCCCCAAGCCCACCCGUCAUAAAUCCACCUCCACCCGCGGCCGCUCAACUCCUCGCGCCCGCGCUUCUCAAUCCUCAACGCGCAAACGCAAAGCCACGCUACAAUCCCCACCCACUGCCCAGCGCACAGCACCCAAGCGUGCCGCUGCGCGACAAAGCAAUGUGCAAGUGAAAAGUCACUUCUUUGCAGAAGCAGCAAGCGACGCUGAGACUGACCUUACUGACAUGACUGACCGGGCGUCGCCCAAGAAGGCGGCUCGAGGGCGGGGCGGGGCACGGGCGAGGGGACGAGGAAGGCCUCGGGGUAGAGCAGGGAAGGCUAAGGACUGA